GUGGGUACGUGCCUGGCGUGAUGGAAUCAACAUGAACAUCAACCUGGCGGUGAAGCAACAGUGCGGUGGACAUACGAGCAGAGAGCUUCGUAUAACCAUUCCGAUGAAGAUGGCGUCUGUCGGCACCAAAUCUCCCGCCAAGGCUUCGUCAAAGGCACAGGGCGAUGUGUUGUCUCGGGCAAGCGGAGCGGAGCCGUCGGGCAAGGUUCAGCGUGCCUACUCGCCACCAUGCACCAGGUCCCAGAUAGAACGCUUUGCGAAGCAGCUGAAGUUCUACGAACAGCUCCCAGAAAAGCGCAUGUCCAGACACGCUCGAGAUCGCCCCAAGCUGAAGGCCGUUGAGAACCGCCGACAGGAUGACGCAGGGAAGCAUGGUCAGAAGCAGAUGUCACCCACAAAGAACGGGCAAGAGGACGAAGCCAGCAGGGAAGAGUUCAGCUGAGUUAGCGCUGGAU